GACCGAACACUCCCUCUUCGACCUCGCGCACCUGCGGCGGUCGCUCCACGACAAUGACAAGGCCCUCUCCUACACCAUCCUCACCACCCUGGCCACUGUUCCGACGCUCCUCUUCGGCAGCCUGCACAUGGCCGCCUUCAUGCAGAUGCACCACAUCUCCACGCUCCAGGUCGCCAGCGCACAUCUAGUCUUCAUGAUAUGGAACACGUGCAACGACGUGUUCGCGGGGUACGCCUCGGACUGGUACGCCGCGCGGAUCGGGACGCGGCUCGGGCUCGUGUGCACCGUGCAGGCCGUCUGGGUGGCUACUGCCUUCGGGCCGUUCCUGCCGGUGCCCGAGUGGAUGACGCUGGGCGCGUACGGGACCCUAUACUACCUGACGUGCAUAUCCCUGCAG